AUGUCGUCGUUUCUCAAAUCCUUCAUUGAUCCAAGCAAGAACUUCCUCGCUCGGAUGCACAUGAGAGCGAUAUCGACUCGCCUUCGAAGAUACGGUCAGAUCUCAUCGAAAACCCUAGUUUCUGUAUCCGAACCCGAAUCCGUUUCUGAUUCUAAUUCGUUAAUCGGUUUUGCGUUUCAUGACUCUGUUGCGUAUGAAUCAGGCCUUAGGUACGAUGAUCUGUAUGAUCAGUAUUACAGUAUGGACAUUAAAGAGGCGAUGAACAGACUUCCCAGAGAGGUCGUUGAUGCUCGUAACCAGCGUCUCAAGCGCGCCAUGGAUCUAUCCAUGAAGCACGAGUACCUCCCCAAGGACCUUCAGGCUGUGCAGACGCCAUUCAGAGGCUAUCUUCAGGAGAUGCUGGCUCUAGUUGAGAAGGAAAGAUUGGAACGAGAGGCCUUGGGAGCUCUGCCUCUAUACCAGCGCACGCUUCCUUAA